GCCAGGCACUGCGCCUGGCAGUCUCGCUGGUGCAGCCCACACCUUCGCACGCCCCGGGGCCAGCGGUGGCCGGGGCGGCUGCUUGUCGCUGGGGUAAGGAGGAUGGUUUUACCCGGGAUUCUUUCGGAGCACUAGGGAGGGCGCUUCUGCUGGGGAGAGGGGUCUGCAACGCUAUUGUGAUGCAAUGGUGAGAUCCAUUGGUUCCCUGAUGGCACCGCAACGCCGCACGAUCAGUUGUAUCCAUUGCAAUUAAGUUUGCGGGAUCUGGACAUGGGAGGAUCGAGCAUGUAUGUGUAACGGCACCAGCUCUUCGGCAUUUCUUCUGACUGUAUCUCUUGCUCGCGUGCGUUUUACUACCUCCCGGUUCUGAUUACAACAUACACCCAUCUUGGGCACCAGUAUCCUUCAUCGUGCUUUGGGAACUACCUGAAAGACCAUGCAUCGAUUUGUCUUGGCUGCCAAGGAAAUUGCGGCAAGCCUGAGCUGCACAGGGCCGGGGGGCUGCCGAAGCAGAAGGCAAGAUAUGGCUUUGCGCUGCGCCUCUGGGCUGGCUGCGGGGCGGCCGCCGCUGUGUCCCCGGCUCCCGCGUCCGGUGCGGGAGGGGACGGUGCGCUGGAGCAGCGCUGCCAAGGCCUCCGCCGUGAAGAUGAACGAGAAGGCGAGCAGGGAGAAGAUCCUGACGCUGGAGUCCAUGAACCCGCAAGUGAAGGCGGUGGAAUAUGCUGUGCGGGGCCCCAUCGUCCUUAAAGCCGGAGAGAUCGAGAAAGAGCUGCGGAAGGGAAUCAAAAAACCUUUUACUGAAGUAAUUAAAGCCAACAUUGGAGAUGCACAUGCAAUGGGACAGAGGCCAAUCACCUUCCUCCGUCAGGUAGUGGCACUGUGUACAUACCCAAACCUUCUGGACAGCCCAAGUUUUCCAGAAGAUGCCAAAAAGCGAGCCAGACGGAUCUUGCAGGAUUGUGGAGGAAACAGCUUAGGAUCUUACACUGCCAGUCAAGGUAUAAACUGCAUCCGUGAAGAUGUUGCUUCAUAUAUUCAAAGAAGAGAUGGAGGAGUUCCUGCAGAUCCAGAUAACAUAUUUCUUACCACUGGUGCAAGUGAUGGUAUUACUACAAUUUUAAAGAUCCUGGUCUCAGGAGGUGGAAAAACCCGAACAGGAGUGAUGAUCCCUAUACCGCAAUAUCCCUUAUAUUCAGCAGUCAUAUCAGAGCUAGAUGCUAUCCAGGUGAACUACUAUUUGGAUGAAGAAAAUUGCUGGGCUCUAGAUGUGAAUGAACUUCGUCGUUCCUUGAAUGAAGCUAAGUCAUAUUGCAAUCCAAAGGUCCUCUGCAUCAUCAACCCUGGAAAUCCCACAGGACAGGUGCAAAGCAGAAAGUGUAUUGAAGAUGUGAUACACUUUGCUUGGGAAGAGAAACUUUUCCUUCUGGCUGACGAGGUUUACCAGGACAAUGUGUACUCUGAAGGAUGCCAGUUUCAUUCUUUCAAAAAGAUUCUGUAUGAGAUGGGACCCGAGUACUAUAACAAUGUUGAGCUGGCCUCUUUUCACUCCACCUCUAAGGGAUACAUGGGCGAAUGUGGCUACAGAGGAGGUUACAUGGAAGUUAUUAACCUGCACCCAGAAAUUAAAGGACAGCUUCUUAAGCUGCUUUCUGUUCGCCUUUGUCCUCCAGUCUCAGGACAAGCAGCAAUGGGUAUUGUAGUGAAUCCUCCAAUACCUGGAGAAGAAUCGUAUUCUCAAUUCAUCAAGGAGAAGGAGUCUGUUUUGAACAAUCUGGCCCAAAAAGCCAAACUAACAGAAGAUAUGUUCAACAAGGUACCCGGAUUUCACUGCAAUCCACUUCAAGGAGCUAUGUAUGCUUUCCCACGGAUCUUUAUUCCUUCCAAAGCCAUUGAGGAAGCAAAGGCUCACAAAAUGGCACCUGAUAUGUUCUAUUGCAUGAAACUUCUGGAAGAGACUGGAAUAUGUGUUGUACCUGGAAGUGGAUUCGGCCAAAGAGAAGGAAGCUACCAUUUCAGAAUGACCAUUCUUCCCCCAGUAGAGAAGCUGAAGAUGCUACUGGAGAAAGUUAAAGACUUCCACAUAAAGUUUCUUGAAAAAUAUGCAUGAAACAACUGUGGCUUUUCCCCCUCAUCCCCUCCCCUUCAAGGCAAAUGCAGAAAAUGAACAAAGAUGUGCUGAGAAUGUGCUGUUUAUCUAAUUUAACUAAAUUCAAAAUAGAACCUAUUUCAGAUACUUUUUCAACUUACUAGAUUACUAAAUUUAAUGUCUAGUAUGGAAGACAUUGUUUUGUUACACAAUUUUUUUUUUUUUUUUAAGAGAAGAAUGUAAAGAAAGCAGUGAGAAGAAAGAAUCAGUAAAUGAUUUUGUGCCUUGAUUUGAAGUUACAUUCAUGACCUUUUGACUCAAUAGGUUGGGAAGGGAAUUGUUCAGUAAGACUAUUAGUGUUGUGGGAUUUAUUUUUUUUUUUUUUACAAAACAGAAAUGCCAAGAGCAACUUCUUAGCUAGGAACAUGCUUCCCAUCUUAAAAUUCUACUAAAAAAAUUCAAAAGCCUACAUUAUAGGCAUUUUUUUUGUUUAAUUUUUUGUUGUUGUUAUUAAGUAUGAAGUGCUCUCCAAAUCUGAUUAAGCAUGUAAGUACAGUAUGCUUAUUUAAAAAAAAAUCUUUAGCAGAUAUGUGCAGAUACCUUAAAAAGAAAUCUUGCCGUCAUAUCAUUAUCUAAGUGGAAUAUAACAGUUUUGAUCAGAGGAGUUAACAUGGUGCCUACUUAAACCCUGUUUUUAUGAACUGAGGAAUAUUAGCUUUUUUUCAUAUGCUAUUCAACACAUUAUCCCAACAUCAGAUCAGAGCACUGAACACUUCACCUCCUAACAACUCCGUGAUUCUGUUAACUCACAUCUUUUAUAUACAUGUAACAUAGUAAAUUACUGUUUCAAAGCAGAUGUGAGUACUGUCAGUCCUUUCAAGUAGGGUAAAAUGCAACACUACUUCAGCAUGCAUUAUCUAUGGAGAAUAUUUGGAAGCAGGUUCCUGAGAGACCCUUUAGCUGGACAAAAUCCAGCUUGAACUGGCAAGGAGAAACAAAUGUUGUUACCAGAGGAAGUGCUGCAGGUGGUUUCUAAGGUAGAAAAAAGGUAUUUAAAGGAAAAUGUCUUGCACCAAGCAUAAAGAUGAUAGUACAGCUCACUCUUAAAUCUUCCACAGUCAUGCUGCUGGCUGAGUGAUCUUGAGUGAUGAUUAAAACACAGCUGAACAAGGUCCCUGUGUAGGAAUACAGCUGUAUUACUCUGCUAAAUGAUGCCAGUUUGCCUACACAACAAAAGAAGGCUUCUGUAUCUCUAGAGCUGAAAACUGAACACCUUCUGCUAACACUGAUACAGGACUAAAGGAACAUAGCUUCUAAUAUUCAGCCAUGACAGCAUUGGCAUUUGUGUGGCCUUGGCUCAGCAUUUAACAAGUUUAUUAAUUAAGAAUCUCAUUUAAGCUAAUGAUUAAUUUUAAGUUAUUAUUUAGAAGUAAAAUCAUUUUAACAUCUACUAGCACUUUGUUAGGCUGCCUUUGGAGCUGGUUCUCUGCUGACCCAGGUCAUGAUAGCCAAAGGCUAGAGAAUCACCAGAUGGAUAAAGCAUGUGCUAAUCUAUUAUGUGUGGAAGACAAGGAAUGCCAAUAAUUGUCUUUGCAACAGCACCUACUCAUCUAUGACAUAGAAUUAGCAUCUGGUGUACUUCACACAGCUUCUUACUGAAGUCUGUAAGAAGAACUUGGUACUUCUCAAUCACCUGCUAGUGGCCACAGGCUCACAAAUACUCAUGGAACACAGUUACAUGAAGUUUUUCAUGGAGGUUUACAGAAAAAAAAAAAAUCUACUUUUAUCCUUGCAGAAAUUGACUUCUGGGAGGACAGCAGACUGAGAACACUUAUGUCCCUAAUAUCCACUAAUAAAUAAAAACCUUUAUCUGAUAGCACUAUCCACUUGAAAUCCUUCAUAUGCACUAAUAAAAUAAAUCCAAAAAGCAAAACCAUAAUAAGAGGUCCAAAUAUUGAUGUAAAAUCAUACAAACAGCACUUUCCUAUUCUAGGAACGUGUCCAAAUCAGAUCUGGCUUUGGACUCAUAACGCAGUGUAGAUUGAAGCUAAGAUCUAAUAGUGGGAGUUAGAAUAUUUUUUUAUAUUUUUGUAACUACAGAUUUUUCAUGGGGUAGUAUUUGUAAUCUAAUAAGUCAAUAGAUUUUAUAUUUGCCUUGCAUUUGCACCUGAUACUUCUGGAAAAAUUGUAAAGUUUUACAAGUUUCUAAUGAUAAUUUACAGGUGUGAAAGGCUUUUUGUUUGAAGUUGGGACAGCAAUUCUUACACUUUUAAAUCAAAAUACAGUGUCAUAAAUGGAGUUUUUUCUAAACAUUCUAUUAUGGUGCCUUUUAUGUUUCUGACAUUAUAAGGAAUAACAAUUUGUUCUUGAUGCAUCUCAUACGGGAGGGGGGGAUUUCUAUUGUCCAUCCACAAUAUUUGUAUGUACUGUGAUAAGGUUAAUGUGCAUUUUUGUGGAACAAUCCUGCAAAGCUAAGAAAAGAGGUUUAUUUUCAAUGUCUUUUAAAUAUUUCAUUAAUAACAGACAAUCUUUACUUUCAAAGGCAUGCUUCUAGGUUUGAUUUUCCUACAGGUGCUCCUUAAAAUGGUACUUCAGAUGUAUGAGACUUCCAAACAAUAAAGCACAUGUUAAAAAAA